ACAAUUUUAGUUCGGAUUUCACAAGAUACAUGUACUUCAGAGAAGAUCUCGGUCGAAAUGAGGAACGCGGCGUUGAUCGUACUUGUCCUAGUGAUUAUCUGUCUUGUACAGAUACAAGGAAAAGUUCUGGGCAAGCGUCAUGACGACAACCGAUUGGAGGAAGUAUCUGAGGAUGAGCAGUUUAAGAAUGAAGCGCUGAGUGAGAUUUCCAACUUGUUUGCGAACAUUAACAUGAUGGAUGGGACUUUAAUUGGAACACAGCAAGGUAAAGCUAUGGAACAACAGAAGUUCCGACCUCUGAGACGGGAAAGGAGCGAAAGGAAGGAACUGAGAGAACAAGAGAACAAUGAGAAGGAAUAGAACUGAUAUCCAGUUGAGGUGUCACCAAGAACGAGUCUCGAACCCAACUGAACGGCCUUGACGAUUUUAAGGAAAACGAUCAUUCUGCUAUCUUGUGUGAGGACUUUAUCAACUGAUAUUCUACAGAUUUUCAUUAUUGAUUCGAGGACACAAAAUUGACCCAAUAGUAUAUUAAUACAAUGUAGCAUUGUUAAUUGAUCUAAGAUAUUACGAGACUCCCAAUUCUCAUGACGGUUAUAACAGGUGUUUAGUACUUGGUGGAAUAAAAGCUGUAUGUAAAA